AUGCCUGAAUUGGAGCAGGUGUACUCCCUUAUCAAAGGGAUGUAUCAGCAGAAUGAUCUCAAGGAAUCCGCCUCAAAGUGGCUUGAAGCGCUGCAGAAAUCUGUCUAUGGCUGGCACAUUGCUGAUCAGUUACUGAUUCAGGCGCGAGACUUUGAAUCGAGUUACUUUGCCGCUCAGACGUUAAAGACGAAAAUUCAGUACCAUUUCGAAGAGCUUCCAGCAGACUCAUAUGAUGACUUGAAAAAUUCCAUUAUAUCGCACUUGGCUAAAUUUGACGAGAAGGUUAUUCAAACCCAACUCGGACUUUGUGUUACCUUUAUUUUUUUUCGAAAUCCCAACUGGCUAAACCCAUUAGAAGAAUUGUCGGUGAAAUUGUCAAAAAGUAAAUUUCUUGAAAUUCUCACUUGUAUCGCGCAAGAAUAUGACGAAAAUAGACCAGCAGUGAAGAUGACAAAACCACGAAGGGAUGAGAUUGGAGUCUACUUGGCAAAGCACUUACCAAAUGUUGCUGAGCUACUGAUGUCCUUUCUCGAAGAGUCGUUAAAACUUGACCCUGUUCUUCAAGAGCAAUUGAUCAUCAAGUUCUUUUGCUGCAUCGACGCCUGGUUUGUCUUUGUCGGCCAAGAGCAUGUCAAAUCAAUUGAGCCAAUUCUUAGAACCGUUUUUUCCUACUUGAAAAAUCCCGACUGCACUAAUGAGGUGCAUGAAAAGGCUUCUGACGCUCUGGUUAAAAUGGUGAUUCACUGCGAAGGGCACGCAUUUGCAGAUUUGCAGGUGGCUAUCAUGAACGAAAUCCUUACCCUUGAACCAGCGUACGAAAACGCCCUACUUGCUGAAGACUUUGAGAAGCUAAUGAACUUUGCGAGAAUAUUCUCUGAACAAGGCAACUCUGUUCUGGAGUACCUAAUUCAUGAUCAGGUCGACGAUCAGAUUGUCAAAUUAAUUCUCAAGUGUACUGGCCAUUUUGACUUUGAUGUUGCUGCAACGACGUUCACUUUUUGGUACAACUUUUCCGAGGUUGUCUUCAAAAGGAGCAACUCCAAGUUUGCCCCUCACCUCAACUUGCUACUGACCACUCUUACUCGACACUGUCAACUAGAAAGUGACUCGGAGGAGAUUGUCGAUGAAAAGUCUGAUCAGUACGAUUACCGCUUUCAAAUCAGUGAACUCGUUCGAGAGAUCAUUCCUUGCUGUGAUUGGGUGCAAUUUCUCAAGUCUAUUGACAUGGUGAACAACCUGAAGAGCUACACUCAAUGGAAUGAUGUGGAGAUGAACCUCUUCAUGAUCUACUGCAUCGUAUGUGAUAAAAACUUUGUCUACCAAAAUGAAAACAAAAACGACGUUCUACCUGAGAUUGUCAACUUUGUGCUACAGUUUAGCAGCAAGUCACCGCCUCCUCACGUGCAAGUCCUUGCCACCUCCUGUGAUCUGCUUGCCGAACUCAAUGAGUGGGUCAAUGAAAAUUCUGCUUUUCUAAAUCCCGUCAUCACCUAUCUGCUGUCGAUCAUCUCCACCAGUUUCCAGGUGGCUCCCAAGUUGGCAGCUCGCAGUUGUUUGGCACUAAAGGCAGUCAUCAAAAGUCUGAAGGCUAACAUUGAAUUGGAUGCCAUCCGAACUCUGUUUGUCAACCUAGAGGGCGUCUACAUCAAGAUUGACGACGUUUCCGUCGACCUGAGCGUCUCCCUGAUGGCCUGCCUGACGGCCAUUGUCAGUAAUGCCAACUUUUCAAAGUACGACGAACAGGAGUUCUUUGUUGAACGAAUCAUUAAUUUGUGCCUGAAAAAGAUCGGUGAAUUGAAGGCAGUGGAGGGCAACCAGAAAAAGUGGGAGAAAGUCAUUGACAACAUUUACGCAAUUUUCAAGGAUUUUCAGCCAAAUGAAAAGACCCUUAAGUCAGAGAAGAUACACACCCUCUUGUUGACGCAAAUCUGGCCUUUCCUCCAGCAAUCAAUUACGCACUUCUGCUCCAUUGAAUCGCAGGCUAUUGAGCACUGUAGCCGGUGUGUUCGCCACAUCGUACGGUCAAUGAAGCCUUCCUACCUGCUGCAUCCAAUUGUGAAUCACAUUGUGCCGCUCUACCAGCAGUAUCCGAACAACUCCCCCCUGCUGUACAUUGGCUCAGUUCUGGUCUCGGAGUUUGGCCACGAAAAUGAUCCCAGUCUUUCAGGUGGUUUGAUUCUCAUGCUCAAUGUAAGUUAA